UUUUAUCUCUGUGCUUUCUCCGUUGCACUGUUUGCGCUUCUGCGGCAUUCGCUCCAUUCAGUUUCAUCUAUCCACGUAUCUGCGCCCGCGAUACUGACAACCGCGCGUUGAGCUCUCCGCGGUCGAGGGCCGCCUCACUAUUCUAGGCGAAUAACUCGAUAUGAAGUUAUAGUUCCUGUGCUACUGUUGUCGCAUCAAGAAGAGAACAUACGCUGUAAAACAAGAAAGGGUCUAACCCAGCACUACCCAGGUUGAAUUCGCUUCGCAGCGCAUCGUCACGUCAACCACAUACUGCAGUACUUACAUUCAAUUCAGUUAUUUUUCUAUCAAAGCCAGUCGCCAAGAUGAUUGCAAGUGUUCUCUUCAUUUUCACACGAAUCGUCCAGAUCGUGUUCCUGAUCCCUAUAAUCGGGAUGAUGGUGAGUCCACAGUCUAAGAGCCAAAGUGACCCACAGGAACCAAAACACGAAUUAAUUGCAAUCGAUGGAGCAGGCCUACUUUGUCAAUGGCUUCCUCAAUGCCAACACCAUCACGCCGGCCUACAUCCUAGUACUUUUCAUUGUCAGCGUGAUCGCCGUCUUCUGGUCCCUGGACACCGUCAUCCGUUACCGGACCGCACGUAAUUCAGCGAUAUUCGUCUGCUUUCUGGACCUUUGUUUCUGCGGCGCCUUUAUUGCGGGCGUAUAUGAGCUGCGCUUCAUUGGCAACGAUAACUGUGCGCACUGGGACCCCGUGAACGACUCAUACUCGCUGUACGUGUCGCUGGGCCCGUUCGGGAGACUGGGAUACGAGACGGGCAAUCACCUGGCGCUCCACAUAAACAAGACAUGUGCUAUGCUGAAAACCUGCUUCGCGCUGGGGAUCAUGGAGACAGUCUUCUUCUUCUGGACCGCCGUGUUGGCGUAUUUCAUCUACGAGCCAAGGAAAGUGGUCAAGGAGACCAUUGAGGUGAGGAAACGACGCAGUGGAAGUGGAGGGCAUGGCCGUCAUCAUCAUCGCCACCGCUCGGUCUCUGGAGGACACAGGAGGAGUCAUAGUAGUCAUCGACAGGAGUAUGAGGUUUAACCUACUUAGGCUCGAGCGUCUUCCAUUCGUUGUCUUUCGUUUCUUUUACUCGGAAUAACUGUUUUUUUUUUAUGAUGAUGAAUACAUGAAACAUGAUUUUACGGCUCUGCGUUUAUUUGUUAUGCGUUUACGGAAAUAUGGGGAUACCAUACUGGACAUAGGGAGAAGACUACUUUCAGAUAGAAAAUAUACAAG